UUUUUAUUCAAAUAUAAAAUAAUGGGAUAUUAAAGUAGAAUCCACUUUGAUUUAAUUGUACAUUUUGACACUGACAUGCUGCAAGUCACGUGCAGUUACCCCUCUAUUGGGAAUCAGGUCUUUUGUGAUUGGUUGUUCAGUCUUCUCUUUACCUCCACCAUGAAGCGUUAUGGCGUCGUAUCUCGUAUGUGUUACGAUAGAGGUCGUCGCCCGUUAUAGCUGUUCAUGGUUCGAGUUGAGAAACUGUGGGAUUAUAACAUUCGUUUAAUAGACCCGUGAAUAAAUACUGAUUUAAUAUAUUGUCGAUUAUAAUAUAGUCGCACAUUUUGUGCUAAUUUAUAUAUAAUACAUAUAAUCGAUCUUUCAAUCUUCGGUCUUGUGUUUACGCGGAGUGAUAGCGUUGCGGUUACCUUGAAAUACUGGGGUGUAUAAGAACUACUUCGGAAAUACCGGCUACAAUGUUUGAAUAAAAUAAAAGACCAACAUCAUCAUGAAAUUCUGUUAGAUAUGCGUACGCGAUUAAAUUGGAUUUACCUAUUAUAUAUGUAUAUAUAUAUACACACAUAUACAUAUGUAUGUUGGUAAUGGAAUAAGCUUAUAAUAACGAUAAAUCGAGUUGUUAUGCGAAAUACUAAUAUUACAGAUAAUACUGUGUGAUAAAUUUUAAUGUACUGAAAUUGAUCGUGAAAAUUUAUUUAAAGUAACAACAUGAUUCUUCGACGAAAAUCACUGCAUAGCUGCAAUUGUCCCUGUCAUCAGCAUUGCUCCACGAAAUGUGCAGAAGAUGUAGAGAGUAUGACUGGUGAAAUUGAAAAUGGGGAUUUGGCAAUUAGAGAUGUUGCAGACCUUCUCCAAUCACAGUAUGCUAUAAUAGCAGGAGGGAAAACUCGAGAGGGUUGUCCUAUAAUUACGUUUCCUGAUAAUGGCAAUUUUCAUAAUUUAUCUGAUUUGGAUUAUCAACGUCUCAUGCUAUAUCUUACUUCUGUGCCAACGUUACAGGAAGCUGAUCUUGGAUUUCAUUUAAUAAUUGAUAGAAGAAAUGAUAAAUGGAACUCUGUAAAAACUGUGUUAUUAAAAAUCUCUGGAUUUUUUCCUGGUUUAGUUCAUGUUGCAUACGUUUUACGUCCAGCUGGAUUUUUACAGAAAGCUAUUUCAGAAGUAUCAAAUAAAUUAUUUAGAGAAGACUUUAAAUUUAGAGUUAUAUUUUUAGCAAAUGUUGCUGAGCUACAUGAAUUUAUAGAUAAAGAUCAGUUAACUGAACAACUUAGUGGCAGUUUACCAUACUGUCACCACACCUGGAUACAAAAUAGAAUUAGUUUGGAAAAAUUUUCAUCAAUGACACAAGACGUAUCGCUCGCGUUGGAUUCUUUUACACGGCGAUUAGCCGAAAUUGAAUUUCCUAACAAUACUAUUGCAACUACAUCUUUAUUAUCUCAACAACAAGUUGAAUAUAAUGAAUUAAAGGAAGAAAUUCUUAGUGCUGCAAGACAUGGUGAAGCACUUUUGGACAGUGUACGACAACUAACUGGUAAAGGAACAGCUGAUAGAUUAGGAAAUGUGGCAGCAAUAGAACGAUUACUUGUUCAAUUAGAAGAAACAGAACGAACUUUUGAUUUGUUUUGGUCACAUCAUAGCUCUCGUUUGAGACAUUGUCUAGCUUUAAGACAAUUUGAAGCUGAUUUUAGGGAGUUGCAAGCAACAUUGGAUCAACAUUUAAAAACCAUAGAAGAAAUGACAGAAGUGGGAGAAACUCAAGCUAGGGUUGAACAGUUACUUUGUGACACAUCAGCAUUCCAAAGAAUAUGCAGAGGAGAUAUAGAACGAGCAGAAGAAGUAAUAUCUGCUGGCCAACAAUUGCUAUCUGGAAGGCAUCUAUGUCCUACAGAUGUUGUGGAACCUAAGUGUGUGGAGUUACAAAGAAUUUGUACUAUUUUAAGUCAAAGACUGGAGAGACGGUUACAUAUGUUAACCAAAUGCAGAGAACUUAUGGAACGUAUAGACAAGGCAAAUGCAUGGUGUACGCGUGGAAUAGAAUUGCUUGCAUCACAAAACAAUACAACACCAGCUGAUCAAGCACUUCAAGAUUUACAAGAAUUAAUUGAAGCUGCAGAGGAAUUUCAUCAUCCUAGAUGUAUUUUUCAAGAUUCUAUAAUGCCUGAAACUAAAGCUCUUAUUACUCAAGUUUUACAAAGAAUAGAAGAUGUGUCUUUGAUGUGUGAUAAAAGAAUCAUGACAUUAAAACAACAAUUGAUUAAACCUACAAGACCGGUUCAAACUGUAACUCCUGAACCAGUUAAGCCAUUACAAUCACUGCCCCAAAUUGUAAAACCCGGUAGAAUUCUUAAAAAAGCUAACACUAUGCCGAAGAUGGAGAUGAGUCCCAUAGAAGGAGAAUCUUCAUCGCCAGAAAGUGAAUCUAAAGAUGUAGAAGCUUUACGGUUAAAACGCGGACAUGUUUUAGCGGAACUUGUUGAAACAGAACGAAUCUACGUUGCUGAGCUGGGUUCCAUAAUUAAAGGAUACAAAAUGGAAUUAACUAAUGAAGCAAUGACUCAUUUAGUACCAGCAGCAUUAGUAGGCAAAGGAGAUAUUUUAUUUGGUAACUUGGAAGAUAUUUACGUUUUUCACGGAGAAACGUUUUUAAGAGAUUUAGAAAAUUGUAUUUCGAAUACUGAACUUGUUGCAUUGUGUUUUGUACAAAGGCGUGAUGUGUUCUUCAGAUUAUAUAGUUAUUACUGUCAAAAUAUUCCAAGAUCUGAAAAGUUACGAGAACAAAUACAGAACGAACCUCAAUUUCUUGCAACUUGUCAACAAAGACUCGGUCACAAAUUACCUCUGGCCGCGUACCUUUUAAAACCCGUACAGCGUAUUACAAAAUAUCAGUUAUUAUUGAAAGAUCUUUUAAAAUAUAGCGAGGAACCAUCAUGUUGCACCGAAUUACAGGAAGCAUUAGAUUGCAUGCUUGUUGUAUUAAAAUGCGUUAACGACAGCAUGCAUCAGACGGCUAUUACUGGAUUUGCUGAAGAUUUAAACGCACAAGGAGAGCUUUUAUUACAAGGCUCUUUUAGCGUUUGGAGUAGUAGUAAACGAGAACGACUUCUUAGGUUGAAACCAUCUCAACGUCAUAUUUUUUUGUAUGAAAAGGCUCUUAUAUUUUGUAAACAUAGUAAACCGCAAGCUCAUAACAAAGCUACAUACCAUUUCAAAAGAUAUUUGAAGAUGUCACAAAUUGGACUCACAGAAUCAGUUAAAGGUGAUGCAAGACGUUUUGAAAUUUGGCUUCAAGGUCGGGCCGAAGUGCAUACAAUACAAGCACCUACUAUUGAUAUUAAACAAUCUUGGGUGCGUCAAAUUAAGGGGGUUUUAAUGUCUCAAUUAGCUGAACUUAAAGGAAAACAGAAUUCUGCUCUCGGAAAGACUAAUCAUAAACCAUUGCGCCAGACGAUAUCGUGGGAAGCCCAAGGCAGUGUUUCUGGAUCUUUACGAACUCUUUCAGUUGAUGGUAGUAGUGUUGUAGGGAACAUCACUGAUCUUUUACAAUCGACAGAAGAUGAUGUUGCCUGGAGUUCAGAAAACAGCAACACAGAUGAUGAAGAUGCUUUUAGUGAAAAUCCUGGUCCAGCUCCUGGUGGAAGAUACAUAGCAUUGGCUGAUUAUUGUGCAGUUGGACAGUCAGAAGUUACUAUGCGUGAAGGAGACAACUUAGAACUUCUUAAAGUUGGAUGUGCUGGUUGGUGGUUUGUAAAACUAAUAGGUACCGGAAUAGAAGGAUGGGCUCCAGCAGCUUAUUUGGAACCAAUAAAUCGAAAAACUUCGCGCAGUUCACAAUCAGUGAAUAGUCAAGAAACCAUAUGAAACAGGCGUCUGACACACUAGAAUUUCCUAGUGUGUUAGAUUCAUAAAUGUUGGAAGGAACGCAAAUAAUUAAACUGUAAUAUUAAAAAUUACAUAUGAAAGGUUUUAUAAUGCGAAGAUAUGGUUAAGACUUUGAAAAUUUUGCAUAACGUAUGUAUGACAAUUCUUGUGAACUAUGCAAUGCAGCAAUAUGUGCUUGAUUAAUAUGAUUAAUGAUGAAUAAUCGUAGUUGCAUAUAACUUCCAAAAUUGCAAUUGAACGGAAAGAAAUUUUAGAUAUUAAUGAUCAUUUAAUCCUUUAUAAAAAGGUUUAAAUAACAAAAAAUCAGGGAGUAAAAAAAUGCAUGAAUUUUUUUACUACACAAAGUUACGAAAAAUUUGUUGGUGAAAGUGCUUUAUGCAAGCAAAUAGAAUUUGCAUUUACUAAAUAAAUGUACUAUGGAUUAUAUUUAUUCUUACAAAGAAAUUAAUAUUUAUAGAAUUGUAUAAAAACUUAUUUCCAUAGGGAAUUAAAAGGUAUGUAUACGUACAUAUACAUUUACAGUUGCAGAUUUAAAAUUAUUACAGGUACAUAAAGAUUUGAAAUUAGUUGCAUAUAGAAAUCUUGAAAAGAAAAUUAUUACAAUGAAACGCAAUUAUUUAAAUCGUUUAGUUAUUGUGUCCAUAACAAGUGUAUGGAAUUAUAAGCUUAUCUAUAUUUAUAACCUGCAUAAUAUCCGAAUGUGUGCAAAUAUUCCAAAGUUCACACACUAAAUGAGAUCCUAAGAAACUUUCGUUUUGUAUAAUCUGUUAAUGAUAUUUAAUAUAUUUUUGAAAAAGUAUAUAAUUGUUUAUAAUUACUAAAAGAAGUCAAAUAUGUCUGUAUUAUAAUGAUGAAGUAUUUUUUAAAAUUAUGUAUUUUAGUACAAUUUUGUAUA